AGCCGCCUGGUCGUGAGAGCGGCGGCUGCGGGAGCGCCUUCUCUCCGGUGCCAGCAGUUCGUCCGGCGCGGGCUCGGCCCAGCCCUCCCCUCGCUUCAGCGCCGGGCGGUCGUGAGGCCCUGGUCUCGUCUUGGGGGUGGCCCUUCUGGCGCGGGUGCCUGCAGACUGUGGCGCGGGCUGCGGAAGUGCUGAGAGCGGGUCCUUCCGUGGGAGCGAUGGCCUCAGGGAAGCACCCGGCCGUGCUGGGCUCCGGGCGUCCGCGUAAGCCGUGGCGACUGCCCGCCGACGGACACCCCGCGCCGGGCUGCUACCUGAGGUAAAUUUUUCCAUAACCUUAUGGAGAAAAAGGACUUUGAAGCAUGGCUUGAUAACAUUUCUAUUGCAUUUCUUUCUCUGACGGACUUGCAGAAAAAUGAAACUCUGGAUCACCUGAUUAGCUUGAGUGGAGCAGUCCAGCUCAGGCACCUCUCCAAUAAUCUAGAGAUUCUCCUCAAGAGGGACUUCCUCAAACUUCUUCCAUUGGAACUUAGUUUUUAUCUGUUAAAAUGGCUUGAUCCACAGACCUUACUCACAUGUUGCCUCGUCUCUAAGCAGUGGAACAAGGUUAUAAGUGCCUGUACAGAGGUGUGGCAGACUGCAUGUAAGAAUUUGGGCUGGCAGAUAGAUGACUCUGUUCAGGAUCCUCUGCAUUGGAAGAAGGUUUACCUAAAAGCUAUUUUAAGGAUGAAGCAACUGAAGGACCACGAAGCCUUUGAGACAUCCUCUUUAAUUGGACACAGUGCCAGAGUAUAUGCACUUUACUAUAAAGAUGGACUUCUGUGUACAGGAUCAGAUGACUUGUCUGCAAAACUGUGGGAUGUAAGCACAGGUCAGUGCAUAUAUGGUAUCCAGACACACACUUGUGCUGCAGUGAAGUUUGAUGAACAAAAGCUUGUAACAGGAUCUUUCGAUAACACAGUAGCCUGUUGGGAAUGGAGCUCUGGAGCAAAGACACAGCAUUUUAGAGGACAUACUGGUGCAGUUUUUAGUGUGGAUUACAAUGAUGAACUUGAUAUUCUGGUCAGUGGCUCUGCAGACUUCACUGUGAAAGUAUGGGCCUUAUCAACAGGAACGUGCCUGAAUACCCUUACUGGACACACAGAAUGGGUCACUAAGGUCGUUUUGCAGAAGUGCAAAGUCAAAUCUCUUAUGCAUAGUCCUGGGGAUUAUAUUCUCCUAAGUGCAGAUAAGUAUGAAAUCAAGAUUUGGCCUAUUGGAAGGGAAAUAAACUGCAAGUGCUUAAGAACACUGUCUGUUUCUGAAGACCGCAGCAUCUCCCUGCAGCCCAGGCUGCACUUUGAUGGUAAAUACAUAGUGUGCAGUUCAGCACUAGGAUUAUACCAGUGGGACUUUGCCAGCUAUGAUAUUCUCAGGGUUAUCAAACCUCCAGACUUCUCAAAUGUGUCCUUGCUGGGCUUUGGAGAGAUAUUUGCUCUACUGUUUGACAACAGAUACCUGUAUAUAAUGGACUUGAGGACAGAAAAACUGAUAAGCCGCUGGCCUUUACCAGAAUAUAGAAAGUCCAAGAGAGGUUCCAGCUUUUUGGCCGGUGAAAUAUCUUGGUUAAACGGACUAAAUGGCCAAAAUGAUACGGGCUUGGUUUUUGCCACCAGUAUGCCAGACCAUAGUAUCCAUUUGGUGUUAUGGAAAGAACAUGGCUGAGAAGUUCACACAAACAGAAUC